CUCUUGGUCACCAUCAUGGGGGUCUGUAUCCAAGCGAAAGGGAGAAAUUUCCAGCAUCAGAGACUCGCAGGCUUCCUUGCUAAACCCUGCCUUCUGCAAAAGGAUCCAACCCUAGAGCAAAGUCCCCAGGCGACCACAACCCCAAAGGCAGGAGCCCAGCUGCUUCGUGCUCCUGUCUCUGCGCACCUUGCCUGUCCGCGGGGUGCCAGAAGGCGCGCACCAGAAACGUCCCACUUCUCUCGCCCUCAACUUCCUCUGAUGGGCGCUGAGGGUGGGCAUUUUAUGCAGGGGAGAAGCCGCCAGGAGAGACACAGCCCCCCGAGAACCCCCCACUCCCGCUCCGUCACCUCCCGGGAGACGCGUGCUGGGCGCGGGCCGCCGGGGCGGGGAAGGGUCGGGCCGGGGCGGGGAGAGGUCUUUAAAUACCGCGAGGAGCGGCGGGGAGUUGCGCUCGCUAGCCCGCGGGACCCCGGGAGGCCAGAGCCGCCCGCGCCGCCACGCGUCCCGUCGGUGGUCCCCGAGGUCUGGCGCUGCGCUCCCAGCGGUGCGUUGCGCUCUGCCCCCGCGGUGCGUCCGGAGGACCCCAGCUCGGCGCGCAGGCGGCGCGGGGCUGGAGGCGGCGUGGACGUUUCCCCGAGAUUUCCAGCUGUAGAUCUUUCAGAUCAUAAUAUGAAAAUGCUGCUGAUUGUCUUCCUCAUCAUCAUGUGUUGCCGUGUGUCUGUGAACCAAACUCCUGGCCCUCAGUAUGGCGACGUGGUGUUCCUGGUGGACAGCUCGGAUCACCUGGGAAUUAAGAACUUCCCUUUCGUGAAAGCCUUCCUGAACAAGAUGAUCACCAGCCUCCCUAUCGAUGCCAGCAAGUUCCGCGUGGCGCUGGCCCAGUACAGCGACCAGCUCCACAGCGAGUUCGAGCUGGGCACCUUCAAGGGCAAGGGCCCCAUGCUGAACCACCUCAAGAAGAACGUGGAGUUCCUGGGCGGCUCCCUGCGCGUGGGCAACGCCCUGCGGGAGGCGCACAGGACCUACUUCUCCGCAGCCCCCAACGGCAGAGACAAGAAGGAGUUCCCCCCGGUCCUGGUGGUCCUGGCUUCGGCCGAGUCCGAGGACGACGUGGGGGCGGCUGCGGAGGCCCUGCGGCGAGACGGGGUGCGAAUCAUCUCCGUGGGGGUGCAGAAGGCCGCUGAGGAAGACGUCAAGGCCAUGGCCACGUCUCAGUUCCAUUUCAGCCUCCGGACGGUCCGGGACCUGAGCACGUUCUCGCACAACGUGACGCAGGCCAUCAGGGACGCGGUGCAGUACAGGGACGCGGCCGUGGAUGACAUCCUUGUAGAAGUUUGCCAAGGCCCUUCCGUGGCUGACGUCGUAUUCCUGUUGGAUGUGGCGGUCAAUGGCAGCCUGGAGGACUUUGACCAUCUUAAAGGAUUCCUGCAGGAAAGUGUGUCUGCCCUUGACAUAAAGGAAAGCUGCAUGCGGGUCGGCCUGGUGGCCUACAGCAAUGAGACGGAGGUGAUCGGCUCCCUGAGCGAGGGCGUCAAUCGGUCAGCAGUUCUCCAUCGCAUACAGAGCCUCUCCCCCGGAGCUGGAGAAGCCUACACGGGAGCUGCCCUCCGGAAGAUCAGGAAGGAGGUGUUCGGUGCCCGUGGCGGCAGCCGGAAGAAUCAGGGCGUGCCCCAAAUUGUGGUGCUGGUGACUCACAGGGCUUCAGAGGACAACGUGACCAGGGCGGCUGUUAACCUCCGGCGCCAGGGAGUGACGGUGUUCACCCUGGGUGUGGAGGGGGCCAGUGCCACCCAGUUGGAAAAGAUAGCGUCUCACCCCGCCGAGCAGUACGUCUCCAAGCUGCCAACCUUCUCUGACCUGGCCGCCCACAAUCAGACAUUUGUGAAGAAGCUGCGGAACCAAAUAACCCACACGGUCUCCGUGCUGGCAGAACGCACCGAAACCCUCAAAUCCGGCUGUGUGGACACCGAGGAAGCAGAUAUCUAUCUGCUCAUCGAUGGCUCGGGGAGCACCCAGGCCACGGACUUCCAGGAAAUGAAAACCUUCCUGUCGGAGGUGGCGAGCAUGUUCCACAUCGGCCCCCACAAGGUGCGGGUCGGGGCCGUGCAGUACGCCAGCAGCUGGGACUUGGAAUUUGAGAUUGGUAAAUACUCCAACAAGCAUGAUUUGGGAAGGGCCAUUGAGAACAUCAGGCAGCUGGGUGGGGACACAAACACAGGUGCAGCCCUGAACUUCACGCUGAGGCUGUUGCAAAAAGCGAAGCAGCAGCGAGGGAACAAAGUGCCAUGUCACCUUGUCGUCCUGACGAACGGCAUGUCCAAGGAUAGCAUCCUGGAGCCUGCAAAAAGACUGCGAGAAGAAAACAUCCGGGUCUACGCCAUCGGGGUCAAGGAGGCGAACCAAACACAGCUGCGAGAAAUUGCAGGAGACGAAAAGAGAGUGUACUACGUGCACGACUUCGACGCUUUAAAAGACAUAAGAAACCAAGUUGUUCAAGAAAUCUGUGCUGAAGAAGCCUGCAAAGACUUGAAAGCUGACAUCAUGUUUCUGGUGGACAGUUCUGGAAGUAUAGGACUCGAAAACUUUGGAAAAAUGAAAACAUUCAUGAAGAGCUUGGUGAGCAAAUCUCAGAUUGGGGCACAUCGUGUGCAAAUUGGUGUAGUCCAGUUCAGCCACAUCAAUAAGGAGGAGUUUCAGCUGGACACAUUCAUGUCACAGAGUGACAUUUCAAACGCAAUAGACAGGAUGGCUCACAUUGGCGAAACCACCCUGACAGGCGGGGCCCUGACCUUCGUGUCUCAGUACUUCAGCCCUGCCAAGGGGGCCCGGCCCAACGUCCGGAAGUUUCUCAUCCUCAUCACGGAUGGCGAGGCUCAGGAUGUAGUGAAGGAACCCGCAGUGGCACUUCGGCAAGAAGGCGUGAUUAUCUACUCCGUGGGAGUGUUCGGCUCCAACGUCACCCAGCUAGAGGAGAUCAGCGGGAGGCCAGAGAUGGUUUUUUAUGUUGAGAAUUUCGACAUUCUGCAGCGCAUCGAAGAUGAUCUUGUGUUUGGAAUCUGCAGCCCCCGUGAAGAGUGCAAGCGGAUCGAAGUGUUGGAUGUUGUAUUUGUAAUUGAUAGCUCUGGAAGCAUUGACUAUGAUGAAUACAACAUCAUGAAGGAUUUUAUGAUUGGCUUGGUGAAGAAAGCCGACGUCGGCAAGGCUCAGGUCCGAUUUGGGGCUCUGAAGUACGCUGAUGACCCAGAGGUGCUGUUUUAUCUGGGUGACCUUGACACAAAGAUGGAGGUGAUUUCCAUGCUGCAGAACGACCAGCCCAUGGGGGGCAACACUUACACUGCCGAGGCGCUAGCCUUCUCAGACCACAUGUUUACCGAAGCCCGGGGCAGCCGCCUGCACAAGGGGGUCCCCCAGGUCCUCAUUGUGAUCACUGAUGGGGAAUCCCACGAUGCUGAAAAACUCAAUGGCACCACAAAGGCCUUGCGAGACAAAGGCAUCCUCGUCUUGGCUGUGGGGAUUGCUGGCGCCAAUCCCGUGGAGCUGUUGGCCAUGGCGGGAUCAAGCGACAAGUACUUCUUCGUGGAGACCUUUGGAGGCCUGCAGGGCAUAUUUUCAGAUGUGUCAGCCAGUGUCUGUAACUCUUCGAAAGUAGAUUGUGAAAUUGAAAAAGUGGAUCUUGUCUUCCUCAUGGAUGGUUCCAACAGCAUUGACCCAAGUGACUUCAAGAAGAUGAAGGAGUUUGUAGCAUCUGUUGUUCAAGACUUUGAUGUCAGCCUCAACAGGGUGCAGAUCGGAGCAGCCCAGUUUAGCCACACCUAUCAGCCAGAGUUUCCCCUGGGAACUUUCACAGAUGAAAAGGAAGUGUCAUUUCACAUUGAAAACAUCCAGCAGAUCUUUGGGUACACACACAUUGGAGCUGCCCUCCACCAGGUGGGACGUUACUUCCAGCCAGACAUGGGCAGCAGGAUCAACACGGGAACCCCCCAGGUGUUGCUGGUCCUCACAGAUGGCCAGUCCCAGGAUGAGGUGGCCCAAGCUGCCGAGGAGCUGCGCCACAACGGUGUGGACAUCUACUCGGUGGGCAUCGGCAAUGUGGACCAUCAGCAGCUGAUCCAGAUCACGGGGACCGCGGAUAAGAAACUCACAGUUGAUAACUUUGAUGAGCUGAAAAAGAUCAAAAAAAGGAUUGUGCGCAACAUCUGCACCUCGGGGAGUGAGAGCAAUUGUUUCGUGGAUGUUGUGGUGGGAUUUGAUAUCUCAACUCAUCAGAACGGGCAGACUAUGUUUGAAGGCCAGCCUUGGAUGGAAGCCUACCUUCAAGACAUCUUACGUGCCAUCAGCUCCCUCAAUGGAGUAAGCUGUGAAGUGGGCACAGAGACUCGGGUGAGUGUGGCUUUUCAAGUGACAAAUGCCCUGGGGAGAUACUCUCCCAAGUUUGAGAUCUACAGUGAAAACAUACUGAACAGCUUGAAGGGCGUAACAGUUAAAGGACCUUCGCUUCUCGACACAAGCCUCCUGACUUCUCUGUGGGAUACGUUUCAGAAUAAAUCGGCUGCCCGAGGAAAGGUGGUCCUUUUAUUUUCAGAUGGAUUGGAUGACGACAUUGAGAAACUUGAACAAAAAUCUGAUGAACUCAGGAAAGAAGGCCUGAAUGCUCUCAUAACCGUGGCUUUGGAUGGAGCUGUCCAUUCAAGUGACCUGGCUGAUCUUCUCUACAUGGAGUUUGGGAAGGGAUUUGAGUACAGAACACAGCUCACUAUUGGCAUGAGGGAUCUUGGGAGCCAGCUGUCCAAGCACCUGGUCAACGUUGCUGAAAGGACUUGCUGCUGUCUGUUCUGCAAGUGCAUUGGAGGAGAUGGCGCCAUGGGAGAGCCUGGACAAGCCGGGAAAAGGGGCCUCGCAGGUUUCAAAGGCAGUGAAGGCUACCUGGGAGAAGAGGGUGUUGCAGGAGAAAGAGGCGCCCCUGGGCCAGUGGGGGAGCAAGGGACUAAAGGAUGUCAUGGCGCGAAAGGCCCCAAGGGAAACAGAGGACUGAAUGGACAGGAGGGAGAAGUUGGGGAAAGUGGAAUUGACGGAUUAAGUGGAGAACAGGGUGACAAUGGUCUUCCUGGAAGAAAAGGAGAAAAGGGUGAUGAGGGAAUCCAGGGAAUCCCCGGAAGGAGAGGGACUUCUGGUGACCACGGAGCCAAGGGCCUGCGGGGUGAUCCUGUGAGUGCUGGGCCGCCUGGUUCAAUGAAUAGUAUAGAAAAAAAAACUCCUCAACAGUCGAAAAAAGGACGACAGGGCAGGAGAGGCUGGCCGGGCGCCCCUGGGACUCCAGGCUCCAGAAGAAAGACGGCAACUCGUGGCAGAAGGGGUCAGACAGGUCCACAGGGAAUAACGGGCAUCCCGGGCCCAGCUGGACUCGAAGGCUCCCAGGGACUUAGGGGCCCACAGGGCCGAAGAGGAGAGGCUGGUGUGAAAGGAGAAAAAGGAGAUCUGGGAAGCAAAGGCCCCCAGGGGCCUCCAGGACCUGGAGGAGAAGCAGGGAACCAAGGCCGUUUGGGCAGCCAAGGAAAUAAAGGAGAACCUGGAGAUGUGGGAGAGAAAGGAGCUGUUGGCUUUCCUGGUCCUCGGGGCUUGCCGGGUGAUGAUGGCAGUCCGGGCUAUGGGCGUGUGGGAAGUAAAGGAGCAAAGGGGCAAGAAGGCUUCCCCGGAGAAAGCGGACCUAAGGGGGAGAUUGGGGACCCUGGUAGUCCAGGAGAGCCGGGGCCCAAGGGAGCCAGGGGCAACACGGUAUCUGCUGGGCUUCCAGGAGAGCCAGGAUCCCCGGGGGAGCCGGGACCUCCAGGACGCAAGGGUGUGAAAGGGGCCAGAGGCUUGGCGCCAUUUUCCGUGUGUGAGCUCAUCCAGUAUGUGCGGGACCACAGUCCUGGCGGACACGGGAGCCCCGAGUGCCCCGUGCACCCCACGGACUUGGUGUUCGCGCUAGACCAGUCGCGGGGCGUCACGGCGCAGGCGUUCUCGCGCAUGAAGGAGAUGGCGGCGGCCGCGCUGCGCGGCGUGCGCGUGCGCACAGGCGGGUGCGCCGUGGGCGCGCGCGUGGCCGUGCUCACGUACGGGGGCGCCGGCACGCGGCACGUGGUGCGCUUCUCGGACGCCCUGGACGAGAGCCGGCUCCUGGGCGCCAUUGGCGCCAUCCCGUACGAGGCGUCGUCGUCCGGCGGCGAGCUGGGCCGCGCCAUGCGGUUCAUCUCCAGGAACGUGUUCAAGCGCACGCUGCCGGGCGCCCACGCGAGGAGGGUCGCCGCCUUCUUCAGCGCGGGCGCGGCCGACGCUGCCGAUCUUCAGGAGCUCGCGGCGGCCACCAUGGAGCUGGGAGCGCUGGACAUCGUGCCCGUGGUGAUCGCCUUUGGCGCAGUGCCGACCGUGCGGCGGGCGUUCGCAAUUGAUGACACUGGCACAUUCCAAGUGGUAGUGGUUCCCCUCGGGACUGACUACACACCAGCAUUAGAGAGACUGCAGCGAUGCACUUUCUGCUACGACACCUGCAAGCCAGAUGCCGCUUGUGAGCAGGCCAGACCGCCCGCUGUGCAGUCUUACAUCGAUGCUGCUUUCCUCCUGGACGGCUCCCGGAAUGUGGGGAGUGCUGAAUUCGAAGAUAUAAGAGCCUUCCUGGGAGCACUCAUCGAUAACUUUGAAAUCACCCCUGAGCCUGAGACCUCUGUCACCGGAGACCGGGUGGCUCUGGUGACCCACAGCCCCCCCGACUUCCUACCCAACACUCAGAAAAGUCCCGUUAGAGCCGAGUUCAACCUCACCACCUACAGCAGUAAGCGCCUUAUGAAGAGGCACGUGCAAGAGUCAGUGCAACAGCUCAAUGGAGAGGCUUUCGUCGGCCAUGCCUUACAGUGGACUCUGGACAAUGUCUUCCUAAGGACACCCCACGUGAGAAGAAACAAAGUCAUAUUUGUGAUCUCUGCUGGAGAAACCAGUCACUUGGACGGGGAAGCCUUAAGGAAAGAAUCCUUGCGGGCCAAAUGUCAGGGCUAUGCCCUAUUUGUGUUCUCCCUUGGCCCUGCUUGGAACGGUGAGGAACUGAAAGAACUAGCCAGCCACCCUUUGGAUCACCACUUGGUCCAGCUUGGCCGAAUUCACAAACCUGACCACAAAUAUGCUGUGAAGUUUGUGAAGUCCUUUAUAAACUCAGUCAGGCGUGCAAUCAACAGAUACCCUCCAAUAAACCUCAAAGCCAAGUGCAACAGACCAAGCUCUACAGAACCAAAGCAGCCCCUGCAACAGUUUCAAAGCUUUGUUCCUGGACCACAUAAACUUGUUCUCAAAGAAGACACAUUACUGAAGACAAGAUUCUUUCAAAAUAAAAAAUAUUUUUCAAGAGUUACAAGAGGUGGCAGAGACGCUGCUAUUCAAAAUUUUACCAGAAAUACAUCCUAUAACUUUCCAACUGGAAGAAGGGGGAUAAAAGGCACUCCCGGACAACAUGAUAAAGGAAGUGCGUGAGCAACUUAAUCUUGGGAAGCAUCGGUCGGACUCUGGACUGCAACAGCUGACCGUACUGCCGGAACUGCGGGGUUCGAUCUGGAUAUCUGCCUGUGUCUGGAGGUCCAUUCUGGAAGGCUGAUCAAGCUUGUACAGUCAACUUGACCCCCUGUACUCACUGGGACUAAGAUAUAUCGUGCCCAUUUAUUUGAUCACUCCCGACAAUUCUAGCACUCUUAAGCCUGCCUCAAGAACUGUUUUCCAUUAGAAGAUGGGAGAAUGCAAAAAGUGUUCUGAAAAGUCUAAUGAAUAUAAGUUUUGAAGGUAAAUUUUACAGAGUCUAUGCAUGUAUGGCUGUGGGCCAAUUUUAAUUCUUGUGACUGUAGGCCUACAAACAUUUUCUGAAAACCAAGCCUUCUUUCUUAAUUUAGUACUGUUUAACAUUCACUUGUUUAACCGAAGGUAUUUUCAUGUGUGGGCUAUUCUGGUGUCCACAUUAGACCCACACUGUUUGUCCUGUGUGUGAAAUCUGCCCUUUCCUGACUCCUCUACCUAGACACACAGCUGAGUGUGACUAGUUCUGACAGGCUUGUGCUGGAGGUUCCCUCCAGUACUCUGCUUGGAAUGGUGAGAAGCAGAGGGUAAUUUUCUCCAGCUUUAAAUCCUCCAAACUCAUAUAUAGAUGCUGGGUUUGGAAAGUAUAAGAAAAGCAUGAAUGUUUAAUAUGCAAACCCAUAUCAGGUUGCAAAGAUGCACAAGAGAGCAGAGUAAGUGAAAGCAAGAAAAUUCUGUCCCCUCAUCCCCAUCCAGGUUUUACUCUUACGAUGAACACGACAGUUUUCAACAACUUGAUAGCAAAGCAGCAUUUUUUAUUUCUGACCCCAUAUUUGGACCUCACAUCAGCCUAAGAGUGAGCUGCAGAACUGGCAGCAAUGACCCUGCUGGGAAGGACGUCUCUCCCUUGGGGAAGGGAGGGAAGCCCUGCAUGGGUGCGUGGGGCAGACGGUUAUUAACACCCAAGACCAGUUCAAAUCUGCAUGCAGACUUUACCUCUGUUCCUAAAGCCUGAGAAGAACAGCACGUACCGUGUUUUCUGAACUACUACUGCCAACCUUACACAGGCAGCUCCCAGGGUGCUAGAGCAGCAGGAAGCCCAAGGAAUUACAUGAUCUAUUCAUACUCAGGAGUAACACAGCAAGUUUCUUCAGCUAACUGGUGCUUCGGGCUUCAGGAAAAAUGUAUGUUUCAAGUACAGGACAUCAAUAAGCAAUAACUUAAGAGGUAUUUUAAUAAAAGGGAUUUUUCUGGUUAACUUUGGAUUAAGCACAAACACAUUUCUGUUUAUGGCUGGAAAUAUUUUUAAAACAGUAUUUGUUUUAAGUUGAAUGUAAAGUUGAAUGACUGGCACUUCCUAACAGUGUUGUUGUUUACCUGUCUUGCACCACAACUGAGAUGUAAUUAAAGAAAUGUAGAAAAUCAA